AUGACAUCAAUUCCACAACAAGGUCAGCCACAGCAGUUGGGGCAACUACAACGUCCAUCCACGACCACCAAAAUAUCACAAGCGAUCACUAACACAAUGAACUCCAUAAUUACAUCAACUGUUCAACCUUACCCAAACCAAAUACCACGACCACCCAUUAUCAGAACAUCCAUCACGAAUACACCAAAUACUGUAACCAUACCAACAAUCACGACCACCACAACCAACACGACUUUAAUCAGAACUUCCACCAACACCACCAGAAUCAUUGUAACCAACACCAUUACCACACCAGUGUCCCAACCAUCACAACCACUACCAUUACAAGAACCCACAAUCACUUCAACGAAUCCAGCUACGACAUUCACCACGAUCAACACCAACGCAACCACAAGCAUCAUCACCACCGUCAGCACCAUCAUCAUCACCACAAUCACUGAGUCAAACAUAAUCACAGCAACUCCACUAGCGUUUUCAAUUGAUGUACGACAAUCCGCGACAUCUCUUAAAACAACAACCGUCAUAAGUGAUUUAAGCUCCAUAAUAGACACAACCACCAAAACCACUGUCCUAACCGAAACCGUUGCAGCUGCGUUUUUUACUGUAAAUAUAAAUCCGGCUGUUUCACAGAUAAUUAUUUCUGCCUCGAUAACAACUAGAAACAAUGGAAUUAAAAGCUGGAGCACGCAUAUUGAUAAUCCGCUGAACACCACAAGGAAAACGUCACAGCAAAAUCGUUCACAUGAUAGUGUUUCCCCAUCACUAGUCACAUCCAAAUUACAAAAAAAUCUUAAAUACAAAGGUACUGUUAAAAUAUCACAAUCACAGGUUUCGCCGCAACAUCAAGAAUCCAUGCUACGCCCAACGAUUUGGUCUAUGAAAUCAGAUAUUACAGCACAAUCUUCAUUACCUCCGAUAGGUUGGGGUCCAGGUAAAAUACCACCAAUACCAGCAAUACCAUAUGUACCAAAAGGCUUCGGCGGUGGUUUAAUACCACCAAUUCCGCAACCUCCAUUGCCUCCUCAGUUGGCUCAGGCUAAAUUGCUUAGUAGACAAUCACCAGCAGCAAAUCCUGUUCAACUACCACAAAUACCGCAAAUUUCACAAAUUCCACUAGGUUUGGGUGUCGGUAUUGAUGAAUUUAUACCAAUACCCCAACCUCCAUUACCGCAAGCCCUAAUGGGAGGCUCUAAUAGUCUCCAGAAGCAGUCCCCAGGAGGUGAAGGUCCGUAUCAAAUAUCACAAAUACCACAAGUUCCAAUAGGCUUGGGUUUUGGUAUGGACGGUUUAAUACCACCAAUACCUCAACCACCAAUACCUCCUGCGAUAAUACGUUCAAAUAAAUCUAGCACAUAG